AUGAAAUCAUCUUCAAGUAGUCAAUACAAAUUGGACGCAAUGGGUUCAGACAAAAUGUCCAUGUGUCGUGUUCUCGCCCAACCGACUCUUGAAUCACAGGCGUAUACAGUAUCAGCAGAGUUACUCAACCAAGCAGGUUGGCAGGGAAUAAACAGCGGCCAUCUUGGAUUGCUUUUUAACGCAAGGGAUGAGAACAACUUUGAUUUUGUCUACUUUAGGUGAGUUUUGUCCCCUAGCUUUAACGGGGCGCGAAUGCGCGAUGAUCAGAGUGAACGAUCUCUAGCUCGCGCGCGUGUUACUCGCGCGUGUUGGUCACAUGCGUGUUACUCGCGCACAUGUUGCUCAAACGCGUGUUGCUUUCUCGCUGAACGCCAUUUGUGCAGGGAAUUCUUCGGGAGACCAUUUCAAGAGUGUGCGCAACGCGGCCCUUCGUAUCAUGAAAACUGGUAUACUGUUGCCAAGAUUUCUCAAGUAUAGGAUCCAGCUUGGCAAGCAAAAUGGAGCUUUAAAGAUUGCUUUUAAUUACGAUGGAUAAUCUAAACUUUUCCAUCUGAACGGCACAAUUUUCAAUCUGAAAUUUCAACUCUAUAGGCGAUAUGAAAUUUUUCUAAAUGAGUCUCAGACAUGAUAUGUCCGUUCAUUUAUACCAAGCGGGUCAUAUGCCAAGGGCGAAGGACGUUAUUUCAUUUGUUAAGUUUUCCAUUCUUCAUGCACACAGACCUCAUAGUGCAGGCGGCUGUUAUCAGACAGGAUUCAUGAAAAGCGGAAACCUGAACUUUAUCGAGAGUAAAGCGUGUCCUAAAGGUCCACCCAAAGGUGGGGUCUGGUUCCAAGUGUCAGUUAAGGCUCACGAUCAAGAUGCACAGAUCUAUUUCAAUGGAGACUUGGUGACGACUAUCAAGACCCAUCAUACCCUGCAGGCUCGUGCAGGAGUUUUCACCUUCCAUGGAUACCAAAACGUGGUUCUUUUUAGAAACUUCCAAAUCGACCCUCAGCUCUACGUCUCUAAAAGAUGCGCGAGAACAGUCGAAUUUCCGGGGUAUGUCAAACUCGAUGCAGAUCACGGAAGCUGGCCGAAGGAUGGCUUUUGUCAAGUAUCGUACUUGAAUGGCUGUGGAACGGGGAACUACCAGAUAAGUGUGGACAUGUAUAACUUUAUUGGGCGAGAUGGAGUAAACUUCGGGCAUUUAGGUGUAUUUUUCAACGCUGAAGAUGGGGACAACUAUGACUUCGUGUACUUCAGGUUUGGAAUAGCUAUUUUUGUCUCAGAGAAUAGAUUAAACUGACACAAAUCUAGUUUAAUUCUCGAAUGAUUGGACUGAUCGCUCUGAAACCAGCCCUGUCUAAUCGUCUAUAGGGAAGUGGUUGCCCAUCGUUCUCUGAAAACUGCUUGACGAGGCCAAAAUGCCAUUCCAGCUCCAAAACUGCCAAAAACUGAAAUAUAAUUUGUGGGGGAGAAAAAAAUGAAAAGAAAGCUCUAUUUAUCACGAUCAAUUUGAGUGAGUAUAACUCGGCAGAGUAAUAUUCCAUAUACCAUAGUGAUUCCUUUGAGUGAGACUUAUGGGUAAAAAUGUUUUUCACGGGUAAACAAAAGAUUAUGGGAAGAAGAAGGGCCUUACACCCCAUGCUUCCUCAUCAGAGAGGACUUGAAAAGUCUGAGAAUCAGUUAAAUUCACCAUAGCUUUCAAAAACUUUUACGAUAAGCGGCUGCCGAUGGUAUUAUAAGCGGCAACACCCACGAAACCCAAAAAAACAAUGGCCCGUUCGGGGGCUGAACAGACGGCCAUAAGAGGUCUCCUAGGCGGCGGUGGACCACCAGUAUCCGACUUUACUGAAACUGGCCUUGAUUCUUAUCACGCUUCCUUUGCAGAAGCACUGACAAAAUCAGAAAUACACAUUAAGUGCGAGGGAAUGGACGGAAUAUGAAAAAAUUGCAGAAAUAUUGUGGAAACAUAAACUGAAAGACUUAAAACUAAACGUGUGUCUCGAGCGUGCAACAAAGUAAGAAGCGAUAACCUACCCGAGAAGAUUUGGAGUCCACUGGCUGAUCCGAUUUGGCUUUCGGAUGCUUUUAUUAGUCAAAAGGCUUAGAAAUUUACUUGCCUGCCUCUUCACAGAUGCAUAAAGUACUGACUAUUGCAGAGCCAUUUUAUCCCACUGUCGAUUAAGAUAUGCCAUAAUUACCUCUAAUUUUCCCUAUUUCUUUUUCUCAGGCUGCACAAUGUUCGCGGUUGUUUUCAAACAGGUUACGUUUACAAAGCCGAACCAAAGUUUGACGGAGCCAAAAGCAGUACUUGCCCUGCCGGUCCCCCCAAGGGAGCAGAGUGGUUCAGUGUCAAGGUGACCAUAUCAACAGCCCUUCCUGCAGGGAAAGUCAAUGUAUACCUUAACGACAAUCUGGUGACGUCAUGGAAUCCCCGUUAUGUUGUCAAAAGUCAUGGAGGUGUUUUGGUUGCAAAUGGUUAUAAGAAUGUGGCGUACUUCAGGAACUUCCGAAUCUUUUGAGAAAAAAAUUCAGAUGGUUCUCUGUUUCUAUCUCGAGGGAUUGUAGAUUUCUCGGGAAUUCAGUUCAAAUCGUAUGCCGGCAGGCAAGCGUUGUAGUUGUCAUUUAGAUUAAAGAAAGAGUCAUGGGC